GGGGGCUGUGCCAUCUGCAAGCCUGGAUUGGGAUAUACACACACACAACUAAGUUUGAUAACAAAACAGCACCGCCGCGCUUCAGUUUCGGAUACAUUUUGAGCACGUACGGCUUUCCUCUGCGCCUAUAUAUCUUUCUUUCUUUUUUUUUUUUUUUAACUCUAGUUCCUUUCUCUAUCCGAAAGCUACGGGAUAUGUCGAGAGGCAGAGGCGUUUCUUCUUCCUCCCAAAGCCUCCCCAAGUUGGGACCCCGCUGACGCGCUAUGACAUGAAGAAGGAACACACUUGUGGACAUCACUGAAGUUCCCAAGAGGUCAACUUCAUUGCAUUUCUCCACUGAAUCUCGAACGAACGCAGUGGGCUGGCCUGCUGUCCAACUAUCUUUUGCCGCCACCUGUGAAACACUACUGCCAUCAUGCAGACCUCAUCGCUGCGCCGCCAGAUGAAAAACAUGGUCAACAACUUCACGGAGGCCGAGAUCAAGGUCCGGGAGGCCACCUCCAACGAUCCCUGGGGUCCUCCCAGCUCGCUCAUGUCUGAAAUUGCAGACCUUACCUUCAACGUAGUGGCUUUCACCGAGGUUAUGGGUAUGAUCUGGAAACGGCUCAACGACCACGGUAAAAACUGGCGCCAUGUUUAUAAGGCAAUGACCCUGCUGGACUACCUGAUCAAAACAGGCUCCGAGCGCGUGGCCAAGGAGUGCCGGGAGAACAUUUACACCAUCCAGACACUGAGAGACUUCCAGUACAUAGAUCGAGAUGGACGUGACCAGGGCGUCAAUGUCCGGGAGAAGGCCAAGCAUCUGGUAGCUCUGCUGAAGGACGAGGAAAAGCUGAAGAAGGAGAGGAGCCAAGCACUGAAGACCAAGACGCGCAUGGCGGGGGCCAGUAGCGGCUCUGGAUCGCUGCCUCCUCCGUACCCGGGGCGUCGCACAAGCCAGCCGGCGGGGGUCUAUGGGGAUGAGCUUGACAUGUGCAGAGGCUCCCCGUCCUCCUUUCACUCCUCCUCUUCCUCUCCUCGACUUGCUCCAGACAUGGAGCAAGCUCGGCCCGCAACCAGUGGAGAAGAGGAGCUGCAGCUGCAGCUGGCCCUGGCUAUGAGCCGAGAAGAAAAUGAAAAGCCACCUCCUACAGUGGAUGAUGAUGAACAGACCCAGCUCCAGAUCGCUAUGACUCUCAGCAAGGAGGAGACCCAGAAGCCAGUCCAACCUGCACCUCCCGUACAGGAUAUGGAUGAAGACAGCCAGCUCCAGUUAGCCCUGAGCCUGAGCAAGGAGGAGCACCAGCAGGAGCAACUGAGUCGCCAAGGAGACGAGUCGAUGCUCAAGAAAGCUCUGGAGGAGAGCAAACUUGCGAUGGAGACUAAAGGCGGGACCGCCUUCAUGGACCUUGUAGAUGUUUUUGCAUUGCCCUCAGCUCAGCCUCCUAGCGACCGCCGAUGGAAUAAUGCCCCUCACCAGGCAGCUGCUCGUCUGGGAAACACAGAUCCCUGGGACUCCUUUGAAGGCGGCAGCAACCACUCGAGGGUAGAUCCUGCCUGGAUGGCACCGCCAACUUCCAACAGCCCCCCUCCCCCAUGGGAGCCCCCAGCCGACCCCUGGGAUGACCCGCAGAGCAACCUUAACGCCACAGGUGGAGAAUGGGCCUUGCUUGCCAACAGAGGAGCUGAUCCAUUCUCAGCACUCAAGGGAGCUUCUCUCCGACCUGGAAGCCCCUCAGAUGGGGAUCUGUUUGAUGAGGCCAUGGAUGGAGGUCAGGUGAACGUGAAUGGGCGAGGGGAGGGCAGUCCUGAGCUUUUUGACCUGUCACGCCUUGGAGAAAGCCUGGCUGCCCCCAGCCCUCGUGCAUGCCGGACACCUGAGGCCUUCCUGGGCCCCACAGCGGCUUCCUUAGUCAACCUGGACACCUUGAUCCCAGUGAAUCCUCCAGCCAAGAUCAUGAACCCCUUCCUAUCAGGCCUGAGUGCUCCUUCACCCAACAAUCCAUUCCAAAUUGAGCAGCCCAAACUAACUCUUAAUCAAUUGGGCUCCAGCUCGACAUCUUCGGCUCCCCAGGGCACUUCUCUUCCAUACAGUGCCUCCUUGCCCCUGCCUAUGAGCCACCAGCCUACUAGCCUCCCUAUGUCGCUUACUCACCCCACCCAGCCUGGUCUGGGCCUGCCAGGGACCCUCCCUGAGCCCUUGUUGCCCUUCUCUUCAGGCAGCGCUGACGGAUCACAGGCUGCACAGAGCAGUCAGAACCCUUUCUUAUGAGGACCAACUAAACUGGAGAUAAAGGGGGAAUGCCAUUAGGUUAUGCUCUUGAAAUAUAACUCUAACUGCAGACUGAACUUCAGCCCCAAGGACGUGUAUGAAUUCUUAGUUGUUUUUAUAUUGUGUUAUAAUAUAGUAACCGUUAGAUUGGUGCAAGC